AUUUACAGCUAAGUACUUGACGGUGAUUGGAUUGGUGAUGAUGUGGUUAUAAAUGCAUCAAGCUGAUUUUUAAUACUUUAUUAAGAAAACUUAUUUAUUUAAUUGAUUAAUCAGAAAAUAAAAGUGCUAAACGAAUUCCCUAGAAAUGUAUAAUAAUCCGAAUGCUGGCAUAAGGAAUCGUAAGUGGGAAAAUUCAACUGGACCUGGACGCAAGAUUAAACAUGUGCGAGAUGUUAAUGCAAUGGGCCCUACAGCUCCCAUGGCCACUCCAUCACCAUAUAUGCAGCCAGCUGGAGGACCUACUGUCUUAGAUCCCAUGAUGGGGGGAGGCGGUGCCGGUGUUAACAGUCCAGUACCUGGCAACUUUGGCAUGCCACCUCAACCGCAACCAAUGGCUGGUGGCUUCAACAAUGGCGGUAUGCCAAUGCCUAAUCAAAGUUAUGGUUAUACAGCACCCCCUCCCCAACCUCCACAAUAUGCAUCAGCACCCGGCAUGCCGCCACCACAAACUGGCGGUGGUGUCCCCUUUAUGGGGGCUGGACAACCACAGCAACCAAACCCGGGAGCAAUGCCUCCCGGCCAAUUUCCACAAUUUGCCAUGUUCCAACAGCCCAUUGUGCAGGAUAUGGCAAUGCAGUAUGGUCAACGGUUAGCGGAUCAAGGCAAGCAAUUGGUGGAAAAUCAAUUUACGAAAUGGGUACCAGUUUCCAAAUUAAAAUACUACUUUUCGGUUGACAACAACUAUGUGAUUCAUAAGCUGCGAUUGUUGUUCUUUCCAUUUACACAUAAGGAUUGGUCUCUUAAAUAUGACCAAGAACAACCAGUGCAGCCACGCUAUGAUAUCAAUGCCCCCGAUUUGUACAUACCCACUAUGGCAUUCAUAACGUUUGUCGUUGUAGCUGGUCUCAUGUUGGGUUUACAGAAUCGUUUCUCACCCGAAGCUCUCAGCAUACAAGCAUCCAGCGCCCUGGCCUAUUGUAUCUUUGAAUUGGUGGUAUACACAAUAACCCUGUAUGUGGUUAACAUAAAGACGAAUUUGAAAACACUGGAUUUAAUGGCAUUUGCGGGCUAUAAAUUUGUAACGAUUGUAGCUUGCCUAUUGGUUAGCACAAUGUUUCAUGGUUUUGGCUACUACAUAGCACUGACAUAUUGCAGCUUAUCAUUGGGCUUCUUCUUGUUGCGUACUCUGAAAACAAAAGUAUUACAUGAAUCUGCACCAACAGCUGCAAGUGGAGCCAUUAAUUAUGACCCCUAUGGCAAUCCCCAACAAUUGGAUUACACUGGAGGACGUAAAAGGAAAUUGUACUUCCUUUUCCUGGUUGUUGGGGGACAGGCAUUUUUGUCCUUCAUAUUAUCGAAACAUUUAUAUUUCCCCGAUGCGGCCACCUUAGAAGCUAGGAAUUUACAAUUCUAAGUUAAUACUCCUCCUCUUUUGGUGUUUAGUUAAAUUUCAUUUGAAGAUCAUCAAAAGAUUAUGAUUAAUUGCCUGGUAUGUUUCACGUGAUUCCUUACAACUGUUUUUUUUCUCAUACAAAACUUGAAAAAUAAAACUCCCCAUUUGCACUUAGAGGGUUAAGGCACAAAACUUAUUGCUCUUUAAGCUGGAAUUGGGUUUGUUCACAUUGAUUUCCCCCUUCUGUCUUCUAUUCAUGUAGUUUUACAAAACAAUUACGAAUAUCUCUGUCAAUUUUACAGAUCCACUUGUUUGGUGUUGUUGUACAUGAUACAUACAUGCAACAAAUGCCUAUAAGUUUGUAAACUUACCUCUUUAGUUUUGCAAAAUAUGUAUGUGUAUGUAUAUUUUCUUAAACAUUUAUUUGUUAGUUGAAAACUUAAAAAGAAAUAAUUUUUAUAAAAUAUGAAUAAAAAAAACGAAAUAAUUCCAAAACCGAAA